AUGGUUUUACUUCGAUGUUGGAAGCGACCAGAACCGAAGAGUUCUCUCACGGCAACGCUAAUCGUAAACGACGACAGUAUUUCUGAGCCCGCGUUGUUUGUGUACUUUCGUCUUUGGCGCGAAAUUUUAGCGCUCAAAGUUGUGAAAGCAAACAUCAAAAUGGUUACCGACGAAGAAAUAGAGCGAGAAUUUGAAGAGUUUUCGAUAACUAUCGACGAUGUUGGAAUUCUUGAUAAAUUGAAGGAAAUCUGUUCGUCGUGCAGGCUGAAUGCCUCGCAACUUUGCGAGGAAUGGGUGGCUUUCUCCCAGGCAUUGGAAGAUAGUGAUCCUACUCUUGCCACUUUGGAGCAAUUCGAACGAAAGCAAACCCAUGAAAUGAACAAGCGAGUCCAGACACAGUUCACUAAGAUAGAGGCGAACACGAAGAUGCACACCAAGGAAGACCUGGACAACCUAAUGAGUGCCGAGGAUGAUAUUCUGGACAUGUAUUCAACACCAGCAAACAAAGGAGCACUAAAGAGGGCUCAUACCACACCUGAAAUGGCAGUCAACAAAAGACACACAUCAGUGUCUCACACACCAGGAGGGGUGGUGCCAUUCUCACCAGCAAGCUUCUCACCAGCGGCGGCAACACCCUCCCUGAAGUACGGCAGCCGGCACAACGCAGGUGACGUGGUGUGCUCUACCAACCCCAGCAGCAGACAGGGCACCAAGUGGCAGGGAACAGGUGCCGACAUCAAGGUCACUUAUGCAGAUGAGAAAAUAGCCCUUCACAAGAACUUCAAGUACAUGUUCCAGAAACAGGUGGAUAAAGAAAACGUUUUGAAUGAAAUGAUUGAUGAGAUGGCAGAAAAACUGAAAAUCCAGCAUGGGAUAGAAGAGUAUGCUCAUACAACUUCACCAAGUCAGGGUGAGGUGACAGUAGUUGGGAGAAUAUGUUGUGAUGCCGUCGGCAAGCUGAAUGCAAGCUCUGUGAUGCUGGAAGGUUCUCAAGAUCAGUCUCAGGGACGGCAGGUCAAGCUGGAUCUCACCAAAGUCCAGCAAUUUGCUCUUUUUCCUGGACAGGUUGUUGCAGCACGAGGGAUUAACAGUACAGGAAGUAAACUAGUUGUCAAUCAACUUUACGAGGGUGUCAAGCUACCAUUUUAUUCCUCCUUGGAUCGUAAUGGGGAAACUCUUAGCAAUUCAAAAGAUCCUUUUGUUGUUGUUGUUGCUGCUGGGCCUUACACAACCUCUGACAGCUUGAUGUAUGAGCCACUGGCUGAUCUAAUCAGAAUGGUUCAAAAAAACAAACCCGAUCUGCUUAUUUUGCUUGGCCCUUUUGUGGAUUCAAAACAUGAGAAAAUAGAGAAUGUUGACCUGGAUGAGACAUUUGAAAGUCUUUUCAAGAGACAAGUUGAUCUAAUUACGCAAGCAACAGAGAGGCAAGGGACCACAGUUGUGUUUGCCCCAUCUCAGAGAGAUGUGCACCAUGAUUUUGUGUUCCCUCAACCUCCAUUCAGAAAGGACACCCAUGCUAUGGACCAUAAGAAUAUUCAUUUCGUCUCUGAUCCCUGCACAUUGCUAGUUGGAAAUGUCACUAUUGGAUUGACUUCAACUGAUGUUUUAUUAAAUUUGGGCAGCGAAGAAACAGCUUGUCCUCCUGGCUCAUCAGAUCGGCUUGGACGGCUGGUGAAGCACAUUCUCCAUCAGCACAGUUUCUACCCUCUGAACCCACCAAAUGAGGAAGUGAAUGUUGACUAUGAGCGUCUCUCUCAUCAUGGCACACUUCCUUGCAGUCCUGAUUUGCUGGUCCUACCAUCUGAUUUACGCUAUUUUACAAAGAAUAUUUUGGGAUCUCUGUGUGUCAACCCGGGAAGGUUGGCAAAAGGACAAGUUGGAGGGACAUAUGCACGGAUUCUUAUCCAACCUGACAGCAGCCACACGGAUGCCUCAGUCUCACAUAUCAUCAGUAAAUCAGUGGCUGAAGUUGUCAGGAUUUGAGAUGGAACUGCAGAGAUAAGUUACAAAAGGACUGGCUAUUCAGUGCUCUAAAUGAGACUUUGGAAUCAGAGGUGAAGCCAAUGAUUUCCAUAAGGAGAGUUUUAAGAUCUUUAGGAAGAAAAUGUCAGGGGUGUAGUCAGGACAUCAGGAGAAGAGUUUCAAGAUCCUAAGGAAAAAAGAAGAAGGGGUUGAUACAGCAUACAUGGGGGGGGGGGCACCAAUAGCUGGGAGAUGAAUUUGAAUUUUUUUAUACAUUUUUUCUGAAAUUUUCUAGCCUUAAUACAUGUUUUCUGAAAUUUUCUAACCAUUUUGUAUUUAUAAAAAAAAAAAAAAAAAAAAAAUAGAAAUCAAAAUACACAGCUAAUGUCCCUGUCCAAGUCCCUACUUGAGUAAAAUAGAAC